AUCUGCGCAACAUCUGCAUAGAAAUUUCAAGAAUUCCAUCUCUUUCUUACUCUGUUUCAGCUGCAAAAUCACCUAACAGCACCAUUCUAGAUCCUUCAUGAAUCAAAUGGAAAAUCAGACGACAAGUGCCACUCAAAAACAGGCCAAAUGGAAGCGCUGGAAACCUCCCUUUAUCUCCUUUAUUUAUACACCUCUUCGACAUUCCCCCGAAACUAAAAUCAAACAACCAUUUGCUUAAACCAGAGAAUAAAAAAAAGAAGACAGUCUUAAACUUGUGUACUGCCCGAUACAGCGCCUAUUUUGAUCAUAGAAAAUGUCACCAGCUCUAUCUUUAUCUCUUUCACCCCCAAUCUGCAAAUCUCGGGACCAUUCAAAGGACAACCACCUUCCCAAAAGUACUUGUAGAGAAAACCCAUGUUACAAAACACCUUCAGACAUUAAGCUCACCAAGAGAAAGCUAUUAAAUUCCUUUGCUUUGGGGUUUAUAGGGGCAGGCAUCUCCAUUUCUCAGCCCGCAAGAGCUGAGCCGGGGAGCCCUGUUGAAUCCACUUCAAGUAGAAUGUCAUAUUCGAGAUUUUUGCAGUAUCUGGAUGAAGGUGCUGUAAGGAAGGUGGAUCUGUUUGAGAAUGGCGCUGUUGCGAUCGCCGAGAUUUUCAACCCAGCACUAGACAAAAUCCAGAGGGUCAAAAUUCAGUUACCCGGAUUGCCACCAGAAUUGCUGAGGAAAAUGAAAGAGAAGAAUGUAGACUUUGCAGCUCAACCAAUGGAAGUAACUUUGCCAGCAGUACUCGAUUUGUUGGGGAAUUUGGCUUUUCCAUUGAUAUUGAUUGGCUCUUUACUUCUUAGAUCAUCAUCUACAAACACUCCAGGUGGCCCUAACUUGCCAUUUGGACUCGGAAGAAGCAAAGCCAAAUUUCAAAUGGAACCCAACACCGGAGUGACAUUCGAAGAUGUUGCUGGCGUUGACGAAGCAAAGCCAGAUUUCCAAGAGAUUGUCGAGUUCUUAAAAACCCCAGAAAAGUUUGCCGCAGUUGGAGCCAGAAUUCCCAAAGGAGUUCUUUUGGUUGGGCCACCUGGUUCUGGAAAGACGUUGCUGGCCAGGGCGAUUGCUGGAGAAGCAGCGGUUCCUUUCUUUUCUCUAUCUGGGUCAGAGUUCAUUGAGAUGUUUGUUGGUGUAGGGGCUUCAAGAGUGAGGGACUUAUUCAACAAAGCGAAGGCCAAUUCGCCAUGCUUAGUGUUCAUUGAUGAGAUAGAUGCUGUAGGGAGGCAGAGAGGAACAGGUAUUGGCGGAGGAAACGAUGAGAGGGAACAAACACUGAAUCAGUUGCUUACCGAAAUGGAUGGCUUCAGUGGGAAUAGUGGAGUGAUUGUUAUCGCUGCUACCAAUCGACCGGAAAUUCUUGAUUCGGCUUUGCUUAGGCCGGGGAGGUUCGACAGACAGGUCACUGUUGGAUUACCGGAUGUGAGAGGGAGGGAAGAAAUAUUAAAGGUGCAUAGCAACAACAAGAAAAUUGAUAAGGAUGUCUCUCUCAGCGUUGUUGCCCUAAACCCAGGGUUCAGCGGAGCAGACCUUGCAAACCUCAUGAACGAAGCUGCCAUUCUAGCCGGUAGGAGAGGCAAGGAAAAAAUUACAAUGAAAGAGAUUGACGACUCCAUUGAUCGGAUUGUCGCAGGAAUGGAGGGAACCAAAAUGACAGAUGGGAAGAGCAAAAUUCUUGUGGCUUAUCAUGAAAUAGGGCACGCUGUGUGCGCGACGUUGACUCCAGGCCAUGACCCAGUGCAGAAAGUGACUCUGAUCCCAAGGGGUCAAGCCCGUGGUCUAACUUGGUUCAUGCCUGGUGAAGAUCCUGCACUCAUCUCUAAGCAACAACUAUUUGCUAGAAUAGUUGGAGGUCUUGGAGGUCGCGCGGCUGAGGAAGUGAUUUUUGGAGAAUCGGAAAUUACUACAGGUGCAGCUGGAGACUUGCAACAAAUUACUCAGAUAGCAAGACAGAUGGUAACUUCGUUUGGCAUGUCCGAGAUUGGGCCAUGGGCAUUGACCGAUCCAGCAGUGCAAAGCAGCGAUGUGGUACUAAGGAUGCUAGCUCGAAACUCCAUGUCGGAAAAGCUUGCAGAGGACAUAGAUUCCUCUAUACGAAACAUAAUAGAAAGUGCAUACAAGAUUGCAAAGAAUCACAUUAGAAAUAACCGUGAGGCUAUUGAUAAACUAGUGGACGUGCUGUUGGAGAAGGAAACUCUCGCGGGAGAUGAAUUCAGGGCAAUCCUGUCCGAAUUUACUGAUAUCUCUUCAAUUGAGACUCAUGUCCGGGAGAUGAUCGAAGUCUAGGGAAGCUCAGUGUAAAUGUACAGUGAUCAAGACAUUUGAAAUCUCAACCAUACUCAUGUCAAGGAGGGAUACAAAGCUAAAUAGAUCUGUAGAUACAAGAACCUACUUGCAUGUAAUCUGCUAAAUGAAUCCAUGUUCCCAAC